AUGCACCAUAGAGAUCUAUCAAAUCAGAAGAAAACCACUGUUCCACGAACAGGCCAUCAAGGGUACAAGUGGCUCUACUACAUUACACCACACAAGUACUCGCUGGCUUUGGUCGCAUCUCUGGUGUUUGGAGACUGCCCUAGUGACGGGGACGGUUCAGAAGUUGGAUGUCAUGUCAUGACUGGGUUGCCACCUUCGCUUCCAGAGAACAUGAAAGUGAAGGACUACCUUGGGGACGUCUUCCUGAUGAAGCACGGCGAGAUCUGGGAAAAUUUCGGCUUCUUCUUGGGUUUUAUUGCGGUGUACCGGAUGCUGGGGCUGUUAGCCUUAAGCUUUAUCAACCACCAAAAGAAGUAG